UACUUGUUUAUUGACCUCAAAACCGAGGCCACCGUUUUCAGAAUUUUUCUUGCACAGAUACAGAAAUGAAACUGAUUUUUUAUAUAGAGAACUGAGUGAAGAAAAUUAAUCACAGACAUUCAAAAUGGCUUCCAGCAACAGUGCCCAAGAUGUCCGAUGUGAUAUUUGCAAGGACGCUAAAGUGCAAAUGCACUGUGAUUUUUGUCAUGUUAAUUUGUGCAUAAAUUGUAUAGGAAAACACGUCUCUGAUAACUAUGACAAUCAUAGAAUCGUUGCAUAUGAACAGAGAGACACAAUAUCGAUUUAUCCUAGAUGUGCAACACAUAAAGGAAAAAGCUGUGAAUUUCAUUGCAAAAAAUGUAACACCUGUCUCUGCUCUUUUUGUACAACAGUGGCUGAUACACACAAGGGGCAUCCCAUUUCAGUUCUUACCGAUAUUUAUAUUUCUAAGAGAGAAGCUAUUGAAAAAGAUAUUGACGAAUUAGCUCACAUCAUUUCACCAACCUUCGAAGAAAUAGCAACUGGCUUAGAAUCCGAAAUAGCUAACUUGGAUAAAGAAUAUGAAAAACUUUCAUUUGUGUUGUCCAAACAUGGAGAAGAAUGGCACAGAGAAAUUAAUAACAUUGUAGAUAAAAUGAAAAUGGAAAUCGAAGCAAUUAAAAUCAAACACACAAACAUUCUAAAAAAUCACUUGGAUGAAAUGAAACAGAAGCAAAAUCUUAUUCAGGAAACUUUGCUAAAAGUAAAUAGAAUCGAAAAAUCAAAUUACGUGUCCAUGUUCAUCGAAUACAGCUCUAAAAAUAAAGAAUUAAGUAAUUUCCCUCCAAAAUUUCAAGUGACACUGCCAACAUUCAGUCCUCAAACAAUUAAUACAAAACAACUGAACGAGUUGUUUGGAUCUCUGACGCCAUUAUCGAUAACAAAGGACGAAAAUGGAUAUAAACUCAAAAAAUUAAGUGCAAAAGAACUGCUGAGGGAGCCAAAGCUUAUCACGUCUAUAGAUACUGGGUUUGAAAAUCUCCAAAGCGUUACCUGUCAAAAUGAAGGAGAAAUCUGGACAAAUGCACGCAACAAUAGUGAUAUGAAAUGCUUUGACUCUGGAGGCUCACUUAUAAAAACUGUGAAAACCGAAUCAGAUGCUGCACCUUUUGAUAUAGCUUUGACACGAGAUGGUGACCUGUUGUACUCGGAUGGGAAAUCAAGGACAUUGAAUAAAACGAUAAAUGAAGAGAAAGAAGAGAUGAUAAGGCUAAAAAAUUGGGUUCCUAAACAAUUGUGUAUCACUUCGUCCGGUGAUCUCCUGGUUACCAUGUGCAGUGAUGACUUCACACAAUCAAAAGUUGUCCGUUUUUCAGGUUGCACAAUGAAACAAACAAUCCAGUUUGAUAACGAAGGUAAACCUUUAUAUUCAGGAAAUAACAAAAUGAAGUACAUUACUGAGAACAGAAACCUAAAUAUCUGUUUGGCUGACUCUGGUGCUAAUGCUGUGGUAGUGGUCAACAAAGCUGGAAAACUCCGAUUUCGAUACACCGGUCAUCCAUGUACCAACAAUACCAAACCAUUUCAACCCAUUGGGAUAACAACAGACAGUCAAUGUCAGAUCCUUACAGCAGAUGAAGCUAACAAUUGUAUUCACAUCCUAGACAAAGAUGGACAAUUCCUCGGUUUCAUAGGCAAUUGUAACCUGAAGAAUCCUUAUGGAAUAUAUGUAAACAAAAAUGAUGACUUAUAUAUUGCUGAGAAUACUGGUGGAAAAGUAAAGAAAAUUCAAUACCUAAAGUAACAUUACCCCGCAUUCACAUGUAUGCAAUAAGCAUGUAGUUAGACUUGUGGCUUCAGUACAUCGUUAUUAUCUUUAAAUUUCUACUAACAUUAUACAUAUAUCACAUACCUGGGUGACAUACUCGAAUAUUUGACCAAAGGAGACAGGAAUGAGAAACAGGAAUUUAUAUGUAUUUUUUAUUAUAUACAUUAUUUUGGGCUUAUUUUUUACCUUUAACUUGGAGCUUGGGCUUGUUAAAAAGCUUGAUUUUCGAACUGAGUAUUGUUAAUUGCUUGGGUGUAACAUGUAAAUAUUUCACUUUAAUAAAUCACUG